CGCGUAUUUUGGCGGUGUUUCUUGUUCAGAGCUCCGAAUCAUGUGACUCCAUAUUUCUCCUUUGUUCACUUUUUCUCUUCGUUAUUGAUCAGCACCAUCAUGGCCAACAUAAAAAUUGAAGCAAGCGAACAUGCAUCACCCUCAUUUCCCACACAUUUAUCUUCGCAGCAAUCAGAUAAUGCCGAUGGCUCAAUAAAAGAAUGGGACGCGUCAAUGGAACUCGCACUAUUGAACGCUGUAGCACGUUGCAAACCUGUCGGAUUACAUAAACACUUUCGCAUCCUAAGUGUGCAACGCGAACUAAAUCUGCACGGUUCUGGAUUCUGCUCUGUGAAGGAGAUCUGGGAUAGAUUAGCCGAUUACUAUGGCAUGGAAGCACUCGAUGAACUGGAAGAAGAAGACGAAGAAGAAGAAGAGGAAGAGCGGGAAGAAGAAGAAAGGAGAAAGGGCGAAUGGGUACAUGAGUUUUCGUUACCGUUGGACGAAUAUGAACAAUUAAUAUCAGAGCACCGGCAAGACGAUCAAUCAUCCGUUCACGACGAAUCGCCAGCAUCACCGAUACAUGUACCUACGAAACGAACGAGAACAAGUAAGCGCGAUGGAUCUCCAGCAGUUUCAGUGGGCGAUUCUGCAGCGUCAACCCCUGAUCCUGACGAAGGCAAACCAAGACGUACAUCACGGGGAGCUCGUAAGGCUGACGCGACACCAGAACGACAAACAGGUGGACGGAAAGCAAGCAAAGCAUCAGCAAGCUCCGGUACUCGAGGAGGUCGGCGUCAAAGCAAACGAAAAUAAAGUCGCAUGUAUUCUCUGUUUCAGUGAAUCUCUAUUUACUUUUAUAUCAGAAUAUGUUAAAGAUGAAUCUGAACGAGAGACCUGCUGUAAAUAUCCCUCUAGAUACAAUUCAUGCCAAAAUAGCGACAAAUUUAAUCAACGGAUUCAAUGCGACCAUGGCGAGAAUUGGAUUCUGUUAGCAUUUAUCACGUCUUUUUCAAAAAGACAGGCAUGGAUCUUUGAGUGGGAUAUUUGAAGAGAAUUGGAAAAUGAG